CAUGGACACAGCGUGGCCCCUCCCACACAGAAAUGUAUCAACGUUAGGGAACAGCAGCGUCCCAGUAAGCACCGACCUGCACCCACAUUUGUACGUGACGCCAUCAAGUCCUCUGUCAGGAACUGACCAAUCAGAUGGGAGAUCAGCGUACCACGUGGUACCUCAGUAUUGAGGCCCGGAAGGGCAAUGGUUCAUAGAGCUUAGCAACGAGACGCUCUCGCCUGUGGAACGCAAAGGAAGGAUGCAAUGAAGCUUCCCUCAGCCUGCGGUUGGCCAGUUUGCCUGAUGAAUAGAGGCUUGAAACGCACAGCUGGGCAGAUGGGGGACAACUUCCGGCUGCUGCUUCAAUCUCACCAAUGUUCAUUCUAAACUUAUUUAAAGGGAAAGAUGCGCCGCGCUGGAGUCACUGAGGGGGCAGUCAUUUCCCUCAAGGGCCAAACUGCAACUGAGCCAGUGAUGGGGAACCAGGAUCCAGAUCAGCUGCAUGAGACAAUCCUGACUCUCACACUGGAGAUUAUCUACCUGCUGACUGGAGAGGGCUACAGUGUUACAAAGAAGUCAGGUGAUGACAUGCCCCUCCCACAGAGCUGCACUGACUGUAUGUUGGGAGGAGCCUGCAGGCACCAUGUGACCAGCCCAACGGUGGCCCCUCCCCCUGGCUCCGUCAUACAGAAGGAAAAUGCCAAGAAGAUCCUGGAACUGAUGUCCAACAUCAUCCAGCUGCUGACUGGAGAGGUUGCCAUAAGGUGUGAGGACGUCUCCCUCUAUUUCUCCUUGGAGGAGUGGCAGUAUUUAAAGGGGAACAAGACCCGUUACAGGGAAGUGAUAAAGGAGAACUGGGAGCAGCUCCGCCCACUGGGUUGUGAAUGGGAUGUGGGGGCAGAUGUGCGCAAUGCAAAUAAACCAGACAAGACUGAGGCAGAAGAAGCAGAUUCCUGGGGAGAAGGAAACCCCCCAAACCCUGACAUUUCCCCAACUGAUCCCCAAACACUGACCAACUGUAUCUCUCAUGGGAUUAAGGAGGAAUCAUGGGAAGAGGAAGAACAUUGUGAGUGGAACACUGAUCCCCCUACAGAACAGAUCCAGGGCACAGACCCCCCUACUGACACUGUGGGCUCCCACCUGAAUAUCAGCCAAUCAGAUAAUCAUAGUGAUAUUAAAGGAGCCCUUUAUUCCUGGGGAGAAGGAAACCCCCCAAACCCUGACAUUUCCCCAACUGAUCCCCAAACACUGACCCACUGUAUCUCUCAUGGGAUUAACAAGGAAAUGGUUUCAUGGGCAGAAGGACUGAAUCCAUAUUGUGGAAUGAGCCCCCAUACAGAACAGAUAGCGGGUACAGUGCCACCUACUGGUAUCAGAGGGUCCAACCCAAAUAUCCGUCUGUCCGGCAGUGAUAGGAAAGAGCUUGGAACUCCUGACGGACACAGAAUAAGUCACAUUAGAGAGAAGCCAUUUUCCUGCUAUAAGUGCACUAAAUGCUUUGCCCAUCAGUCUCGCCUUGCGUCACACUUGAGAAAGCACUCAGCAGAGCGACCACUCACCUGCACCGUAUGUAAGAAAUGCUUUGCCCACCAGAACGCUCUCAAUCGACACGUGAAGAGUCACACAGGAGACAAGUCAUUUUGCUGCUCUGAAUGUGGCAAAUGCUUUACACACGACUGUUUCCUUAAGGUGCAUCUCAGGAGUCACACCGGCGAGAAGCCUUUCUCCUGCUCUGAAUGCGGCAGAUGUUUUGCGUAUCAGGGGGAUCUCAGGAGACAUAGUCGCAUUCACACAGGCAACAAGCCCUAUUGUUGUACGGAGUGUGGCAAGUGCUUUGGCCAGAAGUAUCCCCUUGCCCUACACAUGCGCUCUCACACAGGCGAGAAGCCAUUCACUUGUUCUGAAUGUGGCAAGUCGUAUAAGAUGAAGCGCUCCCUGAUAGGGCACAUGAGAGCCCACAGAGGGGGGACCCUAUAAUCUUCUCCUAAAUGUGGGAUUUGGGUUCCGCCAGAAACAAAGAUGGGUGGAUGGGCACUCCUGGAAUCCACAAAGGCCACCAACGUGAAAGUGAAAGUAUAUGUAUAGUUAUAUUAACAUUAUCUCCAUUGCCUCAUGCGUUUCAUGUCCUAGAAGCUUAAUAAUCAGGAGGCCUAUGAUUGGUGCAAAAAAUGUGCAGUGCAGAGCACAGGGUUGGCACCAAAAUAUGGCACAUGUGGGGGAGUGGCAUCAGUAUCCGCCAAAAGCUAUUUCCCAUAGGAUGCAAUAGAACUGGUUGAAUUGGGCUGAUCACAUGGCACUCUGGGUAAUAGUAUUAUACCUGUAAUACCCACAUUAUUGCCCCACAGUAAUACCACUCAGCACUAAAUAUCCCUAUACGGUGUGAUGUCACAGCUGUACAACCUAGUGCUGUGUGGCUGCAAAAUGGUGUACCCCCUCCCAAUAUAUACCUUACCCCAAGUAUUUAUUUGUAUCAUGAGCUAAGGCAAAAAAUGGCACUAAUAAAUAUUCAUCCUACCCAUAA